AUGGGCGAGAUGCAGGAGGCGCUCAAGAAGAAGGAAGCUUGGGAUGACCAUCUUGAGUCGACGUUGGUGCAACUGAGUCAUCUCUACACCAGCCGCGUCGAGCCGGUAGAGGCCUCCUACAGCUACAAUGUGUUCCGUCCCACGUGGUUCGCUGAGUCGAUCAAGCAGAAAAUGCCGUUCGUGACGUUUCUCGGCCCUUUCUCAUCCGGCAAGUCUUCCUUUAUUAACUACCUGCUGCAGGGCGACUACCUCGUGACAGGACCGCAGCCCGUUACUGACAAGUUCACCGUCGUCAUGUAUGGCGAGCAGUUCCAGCAAAUUCCAGGUCGUGUGCUCAUGGCAGACAGCCGACUGCCCUACCGCGGCCUCUCGCAGUUUGGUGACGCGUUUGCGGAGUUCUUCGCUGGCGUGGUGGCACCUCACCCAAUACUGCGCUCCGUCUCGUUCAUCGACACCCCUGGCAUCCUUGAAGCGUCCGGCGAUAUGCACUCCCGCCGAUACGACUACAUCGAGGUGUGCCGGUGGUUUGUUGAAAAGAGCGACCUCGUCUUCUUCUUGUUUGACCCCACAAAGCUGGACGCCGGGCCAGAGCUGCGGCAGGUGUUCAACAAGGCGCUCUUCCAAGAGGAGAGCAAGAUACGCAUCGUUAUGAACAAGGCCGACUCGGUGAGGGCAAAAGAGCUGAUGCGAGUGUACGGCUCCUUGUACUGGAACUUGUCGAACUUGGUCCGCUCAACGGAGCCGCCGCGGCUGUACGUGUCCAGCUUCUGGGAUAAACCGUACCACGACGGCACCGACCACGCCCUCUUUGAGAAGGAGAAAGAGGAUUUGCUGUACGAGCUAAUCGUCACGAUCCCGCUGCAGUCGCUCGACCGCCGCGUCACGUCCGUGAUGCGACGCGCGAGUGACGUGCUUCUGUUCGCGCUCAUCUGUGCCAGUUACCGAACCCGCUUACCGGCUGUCUUUGGCAAAAGCAAGGCGAAAGAGCGCUUCUUUGAGGAGUACGAGACCAUCGUAAAAGACCUGGCUUCGCGCUACCACACUAGCGAGAACAGUUUUCCCAAAUGCGCGGAUAUGCGCGCCUUCCUGACCAGGGUCGACUCCAAGGACUUCCCUGACAUCGAGAAGCUGGAGAAGCGUGGAUGGAUCAAGUCGCUCAAGAGCACCAUCGAAGAGGACCUCCCACGCCUGCUCCAGCCGCUCAAGGAGUACUCGAUGGGCGACCCGCAGGAGCAACGCAAUGCUAUUAUGCUUCAGCGCAAGUAUAUGCGACAGCAAGCCAGUGGAGUGCCUCCCGCUAAGGAAGCUACGAUAGCGAGCCUUGGGGACACUGACGCACCUAGCGCGACCCCGAAAGCCGUUGUGUCGCCGCCCCCUGCAGCAGCACCUGCUGUGGGUAGUGUCUCGCCUACCACUGACCCCCAGGCGCAGAUAUUAACAAUGAUGCUGCAGAUGCUGGCUGUGCAGCAGCAGCAGCAGCAGGCUAGUAGUCCCUCGACUGGUCAGGCUAGCCCUGGCGCAGCGACGACGGUCUCGAAUGACCAGAUGCAGCUCACGAUGCAAAGUAUGAUGACCAUGAUGCAGCAGCAGUUGCAGCAGUCCCAACAGCAACAGCGGUAG